UUCAUAGAUUGCAUUGAGUAAGGUUAUAUAGCUAAUUAUAGAGUUGCUGGUUAUAUAGUUGCAAACCGUUUGAUCAUGAUUAAGCUCGGAUGCCUGAAAGAAAUGUAUCUUUCAGUGCUCGUGGUUUUAUCAGUUCUAGUCUCAGCCAGAGCCGCUGUUCUCUCUUCUGAGUACGCUCACUAUGCAGCUUUAGAUCCGAAAGAGUUAAUGAAGCUGUACUGGACGGUCGACUGGGAUAAGGAAACCGUGUCUUUUGCUGUUGAGGCGGCAACUACAGGAUGGGUAGGUUUUGGAAUCUCGUCAGGGAAUGGCAAGAUGGUGGGUAGCGACAUGGUUAUUGGAUGGGUAAAGGACUCCAAAGGCUACUUGACGGAUCGUUUUGCUGAUGCAGAGAGUCUACCGCCCUUGGACUGGCAAAAAAACUACGAUUUGACUGGCUGGGAGGAAACAGACAGCAAAACCGUGUUGAAGUUUGAAAGAAAAUUUGACACCUGUGAUCCUAAAGAUAGGAAGAUUGAACAAGGUACCACAAAAGUCGUUUUUGCUUAUCACACAGAAGACCCAAAGUCUGAGAAUAACAUCAAGAAACAUACCUUUAGGGGUUCAAGGAGUAUCCUUCUCCUUAAUAAUUUGGACAAGAAAACUGUGGAUGAGAAAGGAUGGAAGCAAUUCGACGUUUUCAGUUAUAAUGUUACAAUUCCCAAAAAGCACACAACAUACUGGUGUUCUCUCGUCAAGAUCCCGGAAAUCAGAGGCAAACACCACAUAACAAAGUUUGAGCCAGUUGUGAAAAAAGGAAACGAAGGUAUCGUGCAUCAUCUUGUGGUCUACACAUGUCCAGGGAACUAUAAUGACAGCCAUUAUGGCUCUGGGUAUGAUUGUGAGGAUCCAAAUAUGCCACUAAGAGAGUGUUACGGCUCUCAAAAUAUUGUAGCGGCGUGGGGAGUUGGAGGCGAGGCAUUUUACUAUCCAACGCACACUGGUUACCCGAUUGGAACGGAAGAUUCACCAAAUAAUUAUUUUCUAGAACUACACUAUGACAAUCCAGAGAAUAUUGAAGGACGAAAAGACAAUUCGGGAGUUCGUUUUUACUACACUCCCCACCUCCGUGACUACGAUGCUGGUACAAUGACAGUCGGAGAAGCAUUUACCUCAUAUAUGGUAAUCCCGCCACAACAAGAAUCUUGGUUAACUAAAGGAUAUUGCCCCAAAGAGUGUUAUCAGAAAACGUUGGAAUCGACAACACUUCCAGAAAAAGGGAUAAAGGUCUUUGCUUCUUUCCUUCACACUCAUCUACAGGGGCGUGCAACAUGGACGAAACAUGUCCGCAACGGAGUUGAAUUACCUGAAAUUGUCCGUGAUGACAAUUAUGAUUUUAAUUUUCAGGAUAUACAAAUUUUAAGGAAGGAGGUUCACGUAAAACCGGGAGACGAUUUGAUUCAUUAUUGCAAAUAUCAAACUAUGGACCGCGAUAAGCUCGUAAUGGGUGGAAUAGCAACCUCUCAAGAGAUGUGCCUAAACUUCUUAUUUUACUAUCCAAAAGUGUCGAAUGUCACGUUAAACUGCGUCAGUCUUCAAAGAGACCCAGUACAAGACUUCAUCAGAAGUAACAUCGCAUCCCUCAACGUGACGUCUGAGUGGUCUAAUCCUCUUGUUGGUGCGAAUGUUACUUGGACGAAAGAAAUGGCGAUAGACUUGCAGAGGAGAUACAACGAAGCUGAAACAUUUCUUGCACCUUGUCUUUGGGGAAAAAUACCCGGCAACAGGUUGUCAGUGCCAAAGAUAACCCGUUCUCUACCACCAAAAGAGUCAAAGUGUGAUCAACCAGCUGCUGCCUCUGGACUUCUGGUGACUGCCUCGCGUUCUUUGUUUCUUUCUUUGCUGAUGGUGUAUUUGAUGUUGCUGUAA